AUGUCAGAAGGUGAGAGUAGUGCAAAGAGAAGAAUUACUUGCGAUGUUCCACCAAAACCCACUGGUAUUUCCAAGAAACAGUGGAAGAGACAGUGGAAGUUGAAGCAGUUCGAAUUAAACAAAGAGGUGUAUGCUGCGCGGAGACGUGAUAAGAGACGGAAAGCGAAGGAGCGCAGAAGAGAAAUUAUCAAGGAGUAUGAAGCGAGAGGUGAGCCUCUUCCAGAGGAACUCGUGAGGAUCCCACGCAUUAACAUCAACCAAACUGACUCUGGAAUGAAAUUGAUAAUUGAUUGUGGGUUCGAUGAUUUAAUGAACGACAAGGAAAUUGUGAGUCUGUCAAACCAGAUUACUAGAGCAUAUUCCGCGAACAGAAGGGCAGAUCAUUAUGCGGAGGUCGACGUAUCGUCUUUCGACAAACGUUUGGCUACCAGGUUCAAUGUUGGGUUGAAGGACUCAAAUCACAAAAGCUGGGAUCACUUUAGCUUUCACGAAAAUGACAUCAUUGCUGAAAAGGAGCGCUCCAAUCUUGUCUAUUUGACCGCAGACACGGAGGACGAGCUGGAGACGCUGGAACCUGGAACCACAUAUAUAAUUGGUGGUAUCGUUGAUAAAAAUCGGCACAAAGAGCUGUGUUUAAACAAGGCGAAAGACAUGACCAUCACUCCGAAAAGAUUACCUUUAACAAAAUACGUUAAAUUGGAUGGGAGACAAGUACUAACUACUGGUCACGUCGUUCAGCUAAUGCUCAAGUACUUUGACAAUCACGAUUGGAAAGAGGCCAUAGAAAGCGUUAUUCCUCAACGAAAAAUUGAUCAGGUGGCAACGUUAAAUCAGGAAGAGAGAGCCGCCGCUUUGCAGGUCACGGAUUCUAGUGAUUCGGGAAAUGAGGAGAAACCGUUGACUCAAAUAUGA